ACUUUAUAUACCGCACGCGAGAUGGCAGGCAGUAAACAAAUUGUGCAAUGCGUUUGAUAGGCAAAUAUUUCAUUCAGAUACUUUAGAACAACAGCUGAUGCAAGACAGAAAACUGGGAAAAACAGUUAGAAAAACUACAUCCUAUUGAAAGCGCAGAAGACCCAACACUUUAUGAAACCACUGGUUCCAUCUACAGUUUAAAGAAACAAUGGCAGCACUUUCCUGGUGUGUAAUUAUUGUGAUUCUUCUAAAAGGUCAAAUUCUUGCUGAAAAUUCAUUGCACUUAAGAUCAGAUGACAAGUCAAAAAUCCAGCCAAAACCAUUAGGCCCAAAAAGAGAUCGAGAUCCUUAUGACGUGAUAGCUGUUUCCCAGAAGCAGGUGGAGCAGGUCCCUGAAUACUUAUUGAGGAAACCAAAAUCAGAGCCUUCUUGUGCCGAACUACGUGUCAUAUGGAACCGUAUACAACGAAUAUUACGAUAUAGCGAUAUGACUAAUGAACUUCCAGUAUUUCCUCUGUCGUUACCCAAAGCACUCAUUAAUUACAUAUUGAGCUACCCAAGCUAUUUCGAAAACAGUGAUAUUCGACUUCCAAAAGAACUGUUUUCCUUGCCGAUUGAAAGCAAUUUAGAAAAAAGUCUAAAAGGUGCCAUAAGUCAUAAGCAAAAAUCCCUUGCAAGACAAAACACAUUGACUGGAAACUUCGGCGAUACAAUCUCAAGACACAACCAUCAAGCCAACAACAACUAUAAUAUUUAUAACCACUCCGAGACACACAACUCCCAUAGUAGGAUCGAUCCCAGUAAUCUCCUGGUUAAGUUGGCUCGUUUUCCUUAUCAGCAAGAGCCUUUAGGUGGUUUUGGAACUGUUCUUCGGAAACCAGAAGACAAGAUACUUUUAGAAAAGCAGCAACGUCUAGAAAAGAUGCCUGAACCGUUUCCUGGAAAUGUAGAAAUUAGUCCUCUACAUAUGAAUACAAAGGACUCGGACAAUGGUUUUGGUACCCUUGGAGAGUUUGCACCUAAUUUAGAACAAUCAAGACAGAACAAAAACAACUACCAUUACGGAACUUUGCUGAAUGAAAUGUCUUCUAUGGAGCAACAGGUUUUCUCUCAUCCUGAAGAAAAAGAGAAAGAUCUCACUAGUGAAAUGGUAUCAAAUGAUGCUGUCAACUUAGAGAAGACAUGUAAGGUGGUGAAUGGGAACCCAUGUCAAACAGAUGAAGAUUGUUUUUGCUUCAACACCGUUCUUCAGUGUGUGGCCACCAGGUGCGAAGCUCGACAGUCUCAUUCCCUGAGCCGUCAGUCUGGAGUUUUCACCGACGACCAGGGAACCUGGCACAGUGGUCCACUGAACUCGGCUAAACUUGGGAUAUCUCGUAAAAAAUAAAACAUCGUAAGAGUUGUUACUAUGUAAAUUGAAGUCAAA